CGUUGCUGCUGCAGGUGAGAGUCCCGUUUCUAAAAAACGCACAAGUCCGCUCAACAGUGGGCGAUGAUAUUUUAGAACUAGACCCUUGAGUCUUGCUCCUCCGAGUCCUAGGGUGGCGUGACUGGCGACAGGCAGCAGGGAAAGUGAUCCAAGAGGAGUUCGCAUUCCGAAUCCAAACCAAGGUUUUGGCAGAAUCGCCAUUGCAUGAAAAGGAGGUGGCACCAGGCCCAUUUCAAUCUGCAGAGACGCAGAAACUAACAAAUAGACAUUCGCUGUGCUUCCAAAUGGCCGUGGGCCUUCACCAAUUAUCGCAGCGGGCACCUGAUGGGGGUCCUCCGCUGGACACAGACAAUGGAGAAGAGCUUCGAUACUCACAGCCAAAUGUGGCCAUCGCUCUUGGGGAGGGGCGGCAAGAGGAGAUUGGCACCUUACAUAUCACCACCAGGCGCCUCAUAUGGUUCAGUCAAAGCGAUCAGGGGCGGAAUUAUGCGGUGGACUUUCCUUCCCUGAUCCUACAUGCAAUAUCCAGAAAUCCAGAGGCGUAUCCUCGCCCCUGUAUAUACACACAAAUUGAUAGCGGAGUAGAAAAGGAAGAAGACAGCGAGGAGGAUGUAGACGGGCAUUCGGAAGGCGGCAUCACUGACCUCUCCUCAGUUUCUGAGAUGCGCUUGAUACCUGAGGACGCUAGCGUGCUGGACCACCUGUUCUCAGUCAUGAGCGAGUGCGCGGAGCUGAAUCCGGAUCCAGAGGCAGAGGACGAGGAUGAGGAAGGGGAGUUCUUUUAUGAUGAGGAUGAGGUGCGGGGUGAUGAGUCCAGAGCGGCCGCGCUAGAUCACUUUGACAGCCUGCUCCAAGCACCGCAACAGGGGGAUGAGGUUGCCAGCGAUCCACACAGAUUCGAUGAUGCUGACGAAGAUGAGGACAUGCCAACGACUCAAUAGAAGGCAGAGAUAAGCCCCCUCCUGCUUCUGGACGAUGAUUGUGGAUAAGUCCCAGCCGUUGCCAAAUCGCUGUAGUCUGUUCAUGACGAGUUUUCAAUCUGCUUGGCUAGUUGGUCAGCAAAACACGGUAUUCAACCAAUAGGGAAUUGCCAGCGUGCGAGAUUUGUGCACUACAAGUUAAUUUUUAGAUUGGAAUCUGAUUAUCAAGAAGAGCUCCUCGAUCGCGGGUCUGUCAGUGGAUACGCUGUAAAAAGUCUCUCCAUG